AUGGCGGGUAGGACGUUCGUGGACGCUGCGGUGCGCGCCAUGCAGGAGUACGUGCGGGUGUCCGACCUGGCCCUAGCCGCCGCGGUGCUCUUCGCGUGCAACGCCGCCACGACCCGCCUGAAGUCGCGGGGCAGACCCAUGCUGUGGCCGGUGUUCGGCAUCAUCCCCACCCUCUUCGCACACCUCGACAACAUCUACGACUGGGGCGCCGCCGCGCUAGCUCGCUCCGGGGGCACGUUCCCGUACCGCGGCAUGUGGGGCGGGGGCUCCUCGGGCGUCAUCACGUCCGUGCCGGCCAACGUCGAGCACGUGCUUAAGACCAACUUCUCCAACUACCCCAAGGGGCCCUACUACCGCGAGCGAUUCGUGGAGCUGCUCGGCGACGGCAUCUUCAACGCCGACGGCGAGGCGUGGCGCGCGCAGCGCCGCGCCGCCACGGCUGAGAUGCACUCGGCGCAGUUCCUCGAGUUCUCGGCCAGGACCGUCGAGCAGCUGGUACACGGCCGGCUGAUGCCGCUGCUGCAGCAGCAGCAGAGCCAGGGUGGCGUGACCGUGGACCUCCAGGACGUCCUCCUCCGGUUCACGUUCGACAACAUCUGCGCCGCAGCGUUCGGGGUGGACGCCGGGUGCCUCGCGGACGGCCUCCCCGACGUGCCGUUCGCGCGCGCCUUCGAGCGCGCCACGGAGCUCUCCCUCGCCCGGUUCGUCACGCCGCCCUUCGUCUGGAAGGCCAAGCGGCUCCUCUGCGUCGGUGGCGAGCGACGCCUCGCGGAGGCCGCGCGCUCCGUGCGGGAGUUCGCCGAGCGGACCGUCUCCGAACGCCGCACCGAGCUGCGCAAGCUCGGCAGCCUGCAAGGCCGCUGCGACCUCCUCUCCCGCCUCAUGUCCUCCUCGACGGGCCACUCCGACGAGUUCCUCCGCGACUUCUGCAUCAGCUUCAUCCUCGCCGGGCGCGACACGAGCUCCGUCGCGCUCGUCUGGUUCUUCUGGCUCCUCGCGUCCCACCCCGAGGCCGAGUCACGCGUCCUUGACGAUGUGCGGGCCGCCCACGGCGACGUCGGGAAGAUGGACUACCUCCACGCGGCGCUGACGGAGUCGAUGCGCCUCUACCCGCCGGUGCCCGUGGACUUCAAGGAGGCGCUCCAGGAUGACGUGCUCCCGGACGGCACGGCGAUCCGCGCGCGCCAGCGGGUGAUCUACAACACGUACGCGAUCGGACGGGACCCGGCGGCGUGGGGAGAGGAUUGCCUGGAGUUCCGCCCGGAGCGGUGGAUGAAGGGCAGGGAUUUUGCUGGCGGCGCCGAGAGCCCGUUCAAGUACGUGGUGUUCAACGGCGGGCCGAGGCUGUGCGUCGGCAAGCGGUUCGCGUACACGCAGAUGAAGACUCUGGCGGCGGCGGUGCUGGAGACGUUCGCGGUGGAGGUGGCGCCCGGGCAGGUGGUGAAGCCCAAGCUCAACACCACGCUGUACAUGAAGAACGGCCUCAUGGUGAGCUUCAGGAGGAGGGAGCAGCAGCACGUCCAUUGCACCACCGUAGCUGAGUUUAUUUUCCUGAUUUUGGGAUGGAACAGCGCAAGAAUGAUGGAAAUCUCAUCAUGCCCUGCUUUGAACAGAAGUAAACUUAAAGGAACGGAAUGUGGUACAGAUCUCUGA